AUUCACUAUAUCUGGUAUAUAUCACAGUACACAGAACAUGGAAAUGCUUUUAUUUUAGUAAAUAUAAACUGCUAAAUACCUUUUCUCAUCUUUUAUAAGUGUGCAGCCGAGCACUGGUUAAUCUUAUAGGAGGAUCUGUCAUUCUCCUCUGACUGUCCUAUGAGACUGCAUGACCUCUGACACUCUGCCUGGACAGUGCUGCAUGGCCCUGUGCCAAUUACAUGCACCAUCCCUCCAAAAAACUCUCGAGCAAUACACACCAAAUAGAGCAUGUGCAGAUUUGCCACUACUGCUCUAACUAUGUCAGAUGGAUUUAGGGACAGCAAAGGAAGGGGAGGAUCAGAGAAGUCAGGAUCAAAAUGCUUUUUUUACACAAUGCAGAGGAUUAGCACUUUAGCUUCCUCAGUGAAUAUAACAAGCAUGCUUUACUUCAUAUACAGACUGAUGUUACUGAUAUGGGUUUAG